UCUCCUGUAUAGCCUCUGGUCUCCAUUGAUUUGUUCUCCAUCUCUUCAAAAAAAAAAAAAUCUGACCGACACUGACCGUGAAACUUUCUCUCACUAUCAUCGAAUCGAAUUCAGAGCACACAUUUCGCCAUGGAUAACUCAGCUCCAGAUUCGUUAUCUAGAUCGGAAACCGCCUUAACCUACGAUUCGUCUUAUCCACACUAUGCCAUAGCCUUCUCAUCUCUCUGCGCCGCCAACACUUCCUCCGGCCACAGAAUGGCCGUCGGAAGCUUCCUCGAAGAUUAUAACAACCGCAUCGACAUCCUCUCUUUUGAUUCUGAUUCCAUGACCGUGAAGCCUCUCUCGAAUCUCUCCUUCGAGCAUCCUUAUCCUCCAACGAAGCUAAUGUUCAGUCCUCCUUCUCUCCGUCGUCCUUCAUCCGGAGAUCUACUGGAUUCUUCUACCGUUGAGCCUAUCUCGGUUCUCAACAAUACAUGACGACGACAUUGAACUUUGAUGCUUCUGAUCCUUUUGUGCUUCUAGAAUCAACUGCGUAUGUAGCACAUUCUUAUCAUGGUCUGUUCGUAGAUCGUCGGCUCACUACAACAGCUGUCUAUGCUUGUGCUUUACUGGCAAUCAAGAAAGUUUUGAAUCCUGUAGCUCCGGUUUAUAAAUAUUGCCUUAUAUCAGUGACUAAUAUCUUAACCACAACAUGCCAAUACGAGGCUCUCAAGUAUGUGAGCUUCCCAGUCCAAACUCUUAUUAAAUGUGCCGAAAUGAUACAUGUAAUAGUAUGGGGAACACUCAUCAUGCAGAAGAAGUACAAGGGAUUUGACUAUUUAGAGGCUUUUCUGGUGACCCUUGGCUGCUCUGUCUUUAUUCUUUUUUCCGGCAGGAGACGAUGUUAGCCCGUACAAUAAGGGAAGGGAAAAUAUUGUUUGGGGUGUUUCCCUUAUGGCUGGUUAUCUUGGUGUAACAGGUUUGAUGGCUUUACAAGCACAUGGAGAUACAUAAACAAAUAUUCUACACAACACUUUGUUCUUGUGUUCUGAGUUUCACUGGGCUCAUAUUGCUAUGUGCUUAUAGUUAAUGGCAUAUUGUGGCUUCUCAUGAUUCUUUUGUUUCAUAUGGGCAAAUGCAUAUGGAGAGGAUUACGUGGAACAUGUCUUUUUUCAUAAAUUCAAAGUGAACUAGUGGUUGUUCAUUGGAUUGUUUCGAGGCAAAAUGAGCAGCUAAAGAGUGGUUUCUCUACGAGUAAGAAAGGCUUGGAUGGGUAAUGUUAGUUUUAUUGUAAUGUUAGUUUUAUUUUUGGGUACAUGUAAGUUUGUCUCUGUUCUUUGUAAUGUUAGUUUUAUUUUGUUUAAGACUUGGUGGCGCUUAUGUAAACUUAUUUUGGUUAAUGUAAUAUUAAAGUUAUUUAUGUUGAUUAUU